UUAAUAAGAAAUAAAAGUUAAUAUGAGUGGAACAUUUUAAUUUUAACAGAUUAACCAGUAAAGAAGACCACACCAAUAUGGCCAGUGAAGAGCUAGAAGAGGGUGGAUAUAGUUUAAAUAACCACAGCGCAGCCAGUGAAGAAAUUUCUAAAUAUUUUACAGGCACACAUGAAGUACAGGAAUGCAUUGAAGGUCAAGGUGAGGUAGAUCUACACACCCACCUGGCAAACUGUAAGAAAAACCCUGGCCAUAAAAAUUUUGUCCCUGUAAAUGAGUUAACCAUUGAACAUUUUCCUCCUAGUUUCCAUGACGACCUCCUGCUAGGCCUCACAAAAGUUGUAGCUGACCUAACUGUCAGGAUAGCGGUUCAGUUCACCAGUCUAGGCAGACCUGAGUUCUUACCGGGCACUUCAGAUCCAUAUCCUUGCUACAACAACAGGGGAAAGAACUCGAUGAGAACAGGAACGGGGAAGGUGUGGCAGGUGAUCAAACACACACAAGAAAGAAAGGACAGGACUUGCCCAUGUCCUGAAUGUGUUAACUCGGACACACCCAGUAAAGUCUGGUGGGGGGUUCACGUGCAAACGGCCAAACAUGUAGUUUAUGAUUCAAGUGAGGUGAUACAGUCAAGCUGUAGAUUAUGGUUUGAUGAUGAUACAAGUCCAGUGGUCAACAUAUAUGGGUGGAAGAUGGAGGAUGGGGUCACUGCAUGGGACUUGAGUCUUUUAACUUAUGUGACACAUGACUUAGAGGUAGGUGACAAGCUGGGGCUGAUGAAGAGAUGGCAAGUUGCUCUAUGGAGGAAAGUAAAUCUUCUUCUUCUUCGUUCUUAAUUAUUAGUGUUGAAGGGGAUCGAGAUUUAUCUGCCAGUGGGUUUGAGGCUUUUUUGUUCGAAUUUAUCAACCAUGAGCUUUUUGCCGACUCGACCACACCUCCAACACAAUUAAGCGUUACGUGUCAACUGGUUAUGCGCCAUUGAGGCCAUUGACUCCGAUUUCAGCCUGCUUUUCUUUUUGGAUUUGCUUCCAUAGCCUUUGUCCAACCAAGAACAAACUACAAGGCAGCAGUUGUUUAAUUUUGGAGUUGUCUCUCCUAGAAGAGUGGCUGUCCCCAGCUAACGAGCCUCAUCUGCCCGAGGGUUCGAACUCGAGACUUUUCGGUUUAGCAACCAUGAGCUUUACCGACUCGACCACGCCGUCCCCGGAAAGUAAAUGACAAAUACACAAUUCAUAGAGAUGUACACAAGCUAACCAUUAUAGUGUCACAUCCUCAUGGCUGUUCAAAGCACGUCUCUGUAGGUCGCUGGGUCCAUAGACAAGAGGUGGAUGGUAACUGGACAAGGUACACAUACACAACUUGUACCUGUCCAGGUAGCAGUGGGGCUCUGGUCUACAGAGUGGGGUGUUUUGUGUCUGAGCAUCCUCACAGUGGAGUUAACUCUGAUGGAUUAAACUAUAGUGGUGUGUGGACAGACUAAGAACACUUGUAGUGUUGUAGUGGUCAUAGUUACUUUAGUUAAUGCUAUUAAAAAGUUUUAAAUCUAUUUUAACCCCUCAAAUUCGGCAUAAUUUUUGUCAAAGUUUAUGCAUUAUCUUACUUUUAUGAUUAAAAAUCAUCACAGCAAUGACUUCAUAGGCAUUGUAACAAUCCAUUUUUACCCCUAAGCGAUUUAUUUUUUAAUUAUACAGCCUUUUUGAGUGGUUUCCUGUGUUUUUCAGUAUAGAGUGUAUUAAUCCCAAACCCCAGUAUGGUCAUGGUUUGCUAUCUAAUCUUUUUAAGUCCUAUGAUAUAUUUAGUAACCGCAACUGAUUGGCAGCCUAGUCCAUUCCUUGAUGUCCUGCAUCCAAUUUGUGUGUGCUUAUAUGUGCAGAAAUAAAUAUCCUUUAAUUUUUCAUAAUUAAAAAUUUAAUCUUCAAAAAUAUCAAAGGCCACCAAAUUCUUCACAGCAAAUGUCAACAAUCCAUGGAUAUUGUUAUGUUCAAUUUUUGAAAAUGUGUUGUGAAUGUAACUCAAUAUUUUUCAAGUGCAAUCUUCUGAUUAUACUAGUGUGUUUUAAACAAGUUAAUCAACAGGGUAUUUAAAUACAUACAGUGAAGAAACUGAUAAAAUUAUGUUUCUACAUCUAUACAUUUUUUUUUAGCAAUUAUUCAAUUUACAUUUUGUCAAUUCCCUACAUAAUUUUGUCAAAAUGUGAGAUUAUUAUAAAUACCAGGUGGUGGUAUUGACUUUUGCCUUUUUUAUUCUGAUAAAAAUGAAACUGAAUAAUUUCUGUGAUUUUAUGUUAACAUUAUGUGUGUGAGCUGAAGUGAAAUAUUUGACAGAAAUAAAAUACUGUGUAACGUAACUUUCAACUGUUUGAGGUGUAUGAUCAAUGUAGGUGUCUACAAUCUUAGAUUCUUGAGUUUCUGAUUUAACAGCAUUAAAAAAGACUUGUAUAAAAUCACUUUGAGUACAACAUGCAUUAGCCCUAGUAAAAGAUGUAAAAUAAUUUGGCAGAUAUUGAUAUGUGGUAACAAGAUAUCUGUAUCUUAAGCUUGCUUACAGUAGUUAACACAUUCUACAUUUUGGUACAGAUGCCUUAAGCAUUAACUAAUUACUGAA